GUUCCAGAAGCUUCCUGGGCAGCCCAUCCCCAGCAGCAGCUGUGCCAGCCCCUCCAGCUGGGGGCUGCCCUUGCUGGGCACCAGGGACUGAAGAUGUGUGGGGACACGGUGCGGCUGCUGACUGCCCUGCUGGUGGCCGUGGCCAUGGGCUACCCCAACCGGCGCUCUGCCACCGACCUGGAUGCCACCCCCAGGAUGACGGUCACCUUUGACGAGCUGUCUGGUGUGCGGCGGUUCAGUGGGCGCAGCCUGAAUUACACCACACUCCUGCUGGAGGACGAGCGGGGUGUGCUGUAUGUGGGGGCCAGGGGGGCCAUCUUUGCUCUCAAUGCCAGCAAUGUGGCUGAUGGCUCGCAUCGCAUGAUCCAUUGGGAAGCAUCUCCGGAAAAGCAGCUGGACUGCCUGCAGAAGGGCAGGAACAACAAGACUGAGUGCUUCAACCACGUGCGGUUCCUACAGAGGCUGAACACCACGCAUCUCUACGCCUGUGGCACCUACGCCUUCCACCCGCUCUGUGCUUCCAUUGAUGCUGACAGGUUCACACUGCCCUCCCGUUUCGAGGAAGGCAAAGAGAAGUGUCCCUACGACCCCUCCCGUGGCUACACCGGCCUCAUUGUGGAUGGUGGAUUGUACACAGCUACACGCUAUGAGUUUCGGAGCCUCCCUGACAUCCGGAGGAACCUGCACCAGCGGCCUCUGAAGACAGAGGAGUCCCCUCUGCACUGGCUGAAUGAUGCUGAGUUUGUGGCCUCCAUGCUGGUCCAGGAAAGCAAGGACAGUCUCGUGGGUGACGAUGACAAAAUCUAUUACUUCUUCAUGGAGCGAGCAGGCGAGGAGACCACAUCCUUCUUUGACAAGAACCAGGUGGCUCGGGUGGCCCGGGUGGCCCGCGUGUGCAAGAGUGAUCUGGGGGGGAAGAAGAUUCUGCAGCGCAAGUGGACAUCCUUCAUGAAGGCACGCCUGGUGUGCUACAUCCCCUACUAUGAGGUGCUGCGCAGCGUCUGCAGCCUGGACAGCGGUGGCUGGGCCAGCACCGUCUUCUAUGCUGCCUUCACGCUCUCGGCGCAGUGGAGGACGAUGGAGGCCUCGGCUGUGUGCCGCUACGACAUCUCUGAGGUGCAGCGUGCCUUCGAGGGGCCCUACAUGGAGUACCAGGACUCCUCCCGCAAGUGGUCCCGCUACGAUGGAGCGGUGCCCGAACCCCGGCCCGGCUCUUGCAUCACAGACAGCUCCCGCCGGAGGGGCUUCAACUCAUCGCAGGACCUGCCCAACAGCGUGCUGGACUUCGUCAAGCUGCACCCGCUGAUGUUUGAGGAGGUGCAGCCGGCGGGCGGUGAGCCGCUGCUGGUGAAGAGAAGUGUGGCAUACAGCCGCCUGGCGGUGGACCGGGUGCAAGCCCUCGAUGGGCGCUCCUACGACGUGCUCUUCAUGGGGACGGGGGACGGCUGGCUGCACAAAGCCGUAGUGCUGGGCUCCAGCCUCCACAUCAUCGAGGAGGUGCAGGUGUUCCAGGACCCGCAGCCUGUGGAGACGCUGGUGGUGUCCCGCCGACAGAGGAGCCUGUAUGUGGGGGCUGCUAGUGGAGUCCUGCAGGUGCCCCUGGCCUCCUGCGCCAGAUACAGCUCCUGCUAUGACUGUAUCCUCGCCCGGGACCCCUACUGCGCCUGGGAUGGCUGGGCCUGCCGUGACACGGCCAGCGGGAACAGCACAGGGCUGGUGCAGGAUGUGCAGAGUGGCAAUGUGGGAUGCCGGAGCGGCUCUGGACGUGGCUCCCUGCCGUGGAAGAACCGCACGGUGCUGUGCGGAGAUGACGUGCUGCUGCCCUGUGACCAGCGCUCCAACUUGGCACGGGCUGUCUGGCUGCUGAAUGGCAGCGAGGUGCCGGGCACUGGGCAGGAGCAGCUGCGCGUUGGGGUGGAUGGGCUGCUGGUGACCAACACGCUGCCAGGACACAGCGGCGAGUACCGCUGCUAUGGUGAGGAGCGUGGGCUGCGCACACUGCUGGCUGCCUACAGCCUCACCGUGCUGCCCCAGCUGCCUCGUGCCGCCACCACCACCACCACCUCCAGGCCCAUAGCGGCCAGCCAGGCUUCUGGAGACACCAAGGUGGUCUAUGUGUCUGCUAUCGUGGUGCUGGUGGUGCUGUGUGCCGUGCUGGGUACCGUCCUGCUCUACGUGUCCUGCCUGGAGAAGCGCAGGGGGAAGUACGUGCUGGGGGAGCCGCGGGCUGUGAGUCCUGAGCUGCAGACGGUGUCGGCCAGCUGCCUGCGCAAGGCCCGCGGGGAGGACGAGGAGGAGGAGGAGGAGGAGGAUCUGGCUUAUCCCUGCCUGCGCAUCAUCCCUGGUGAAGCACCCACAGCCAUCGUGUCCCCAGCCAAAGAGCUGCCAGUGGCCGUGCCCCCCCCUCCACCUCCACCGCUACCCACCGAGCUCACCAACGGGGUGGGCUCCCUGCCCAGCGUCCUCCGCAAGAUGAACGGCAACAGCUACAUGCUGCUACAGCAGCAGGAUGAGCCGCUGGCCUCACCGCUCUACAGCGCGUCCUUCACCGAGGAGCUCAGCAAGAUCCUGGAGAAGCGGAAACACAUGCAGCUAGUGGAGAAGCUGGAUGAGAGUUCUGUGUAGGACCGGGGUCCCACCAGUCCCUUCUUCCACCCCUGCCAGCAGUGUUACAGACUCAGCGAAACUACCUCUAGGACCGCAGCACCGGGCUGGGCCCGGGCUUGGCCAUCCCUUUGGCUUUUCACGCACUUUUGAGACUUGAUGUACAGAAAAAGAAAAGAAAAAAACAAUGGGAAAAGGGAAAAAUAUCCCCCAAAGAGGAAUCUAUUUAAAUUUGGGAGCUCUAUUUAUGUAUAAAAACCCACCGAUGGCGACCACAAGCUGGAGGCAGGAGCUGGAGCACAGCUGACGGUGGACAUGGGGAGGGAGGGCUUGUGUCUGUCUGUCUAUCUGUCCAUCCAGGCAGGCAAGACCCUGUCCUGGAUGUGUGGACCUGGCCCACCCCAUUGGGCAUCCCCAGCUCUGUGUGCCCAGGCACUGAGAGGUGGGUGCAGAGCGGGACUGUGGGCUUGGGGCUGUGCUGCAGGGCCACCAGCUGCUGCCUGCUGCACAUCUGCUCCCCAGGGCUGCCUGCAGGAAAGAUGCUCAGCGAGGGACAGCGAGGAAGAGGAGAGCUGUCCCCACAAGUGGGAUGAAACUGCCCAUGCCCGCCAUCAGCCCAGGGUGAGAUGCGGGAUGGGUGCUAUAGGGAGGGGUACCACUGUGGGGAACCUGACCCUGACAGCACGUUGCCCUCCCCCCACAGGGUGCUGCUGGCAGCAGGACUGCUCUCCGUGCCUGAGGGCCACGCACACCAGUUGGCUUGUCUGCAUCUUCGCCAUGCGGUGUGGGAAGGGACCAGCGUCCUCUCGGCAUCCUUGCCCUGCAGACUGGACACGAUGCACUUUUGCAUCCUCAUGCAGUGCCAGCAGAUGCUGGGAUCUUGGCCGCUGCCCCGUGCCACGGACUGUUCCCUUGCACGCUGAGGAGCCCUGCCCCAGGCUUGCUCUUUGCAGGGCCUCCAGCUCCCUGUGGCCCUGCUGGCCCUGACUCCCUCUUCCCCCUCAUCU